AUGAAAGCCGCAAUUACCUGCAUUAAGAGGGGAUUAUGUAUUUACACACCAGUGGUGUAGCAACUUCUUCCAGUCUCAUUCUCCAUCAAAUACUUAACAUUACUGCCCAGUUUUAACCAUUUAAAGCAGUAAGACUUUAGAUUGUGGUUCCAAAAUUCGCCCUGUGGGUAUAUAAUAAAAUUUAGAUAGAUGCUUGGUUGAGGAAGUCCUCUACAGUAAACAUCAUAUCAGGUUUUGCCUCUGCACUAUGAGUUGUCUGUGUGGUAAUGCAGUGCAGACAUUAUGAAUUGACACAUUAUUUCAUCUGCAGUUGAACUUACUUUAUUGCCCUACAUUUCAGUCAUCAGGCAAACGUCAUAUAUAUAAAGGUGAGAUGCUUUUAGUGAGGGAAAACCUGCCAGAGGAGACCAGCAACACCAACCUACAUGCAUACAAAUGAAGGUCAAUGCACUUAUCGAGACAGUGUGAGAAACAAUGAGAUUCAUAAAUGUCUGGUCUGAUUGUAGAAAACAGACACUAAUAAAAUAGCAAUAGCAGAAAUAAAAAUCUGGAAGAGAGUUUCUGACUCAAAGUAACACCCACUUCUCAAAAGGAUCAAAUUGGGGUCACUAAUAUUUUGUGAUUGUGGAAAUAAUGUUUAAGUUGAACAUCAGCUUUUUUUGUGCGUGUACAAAAGAUUAGUAGCUGUAGAAGUUCUCGAAACACACAAAAGAAAAUGUUCUCAUCGUCAUCAAAAUACCCUGAUGCCUGGCGGAACCUUGCGCGUGACUUCGCACCGCUCCGGACAGUUUAGCUCGUCGGACCUGUUCAGGAAGCGCCUCCCAGCUGUGACCUGCUCGCUGUUUCCGUUAGUAAAAUGGACCUGUAGCUGUGGAGAAGAAUAUGUUUAACUUGAAGUUGCUGCAGAAAAACAAGACGAUCAAAUAUGGAGUCCCGAUGCUCUUGCUGGUAGUCGGCGGUUCCUUCGGCCUGCGAGAGUUCACACAGAUCCGAUAUGAUUCCCAGAAGAUCAAAAGGAAGCUGGAUCCUUCACUGGAGGCCAGAGUCAACCUGGAGAAGCAGCCAGUCAUGCUGGAGGAGGAGUAUCAGAAGCUGAAGGACCUGAAAUUGGACGAGUGGAAGAACAUCCGUGGUCCUCGUCCCUGGGAGGACUCGAGGGAGUAUCAGGAGCAGCAGCGAACCACGAAGAACAUAAAAGACUGAGGCUCAGCCGACUCAACACACACACACACACACACUGCAGCAGCAGCAGCGGGGCGGACCAGACGAGAAUGGACGGCAUCUCGGCCACAGACGCCGCAGAGACACAAUUAUCCCCGAUGCGGCGACGCCGGGGCGCAGAGCUCAACUCUUUUGUCUGUUCUGUGCUUGUGUUGGACUCGGAACUUUGGAAAUGUGCACUGUUGUGGUUUCCCUGCUGGUUGUUUCAGUGCGACUCGUGGUUCAAACUAAACCACGUGAAGCUUAAAACCUCGACAUAAGUUCAAGGUUGAGUUUGAAAUUUAAAUAAAUAUUGAUUCUUGUAGCUUUAAUAUACGAAAGUAUACAGCUGUCACCUGUUGAUUAGUUGUUCUCAUGUCUGAUCAGUAGGUGGCACCUCUGCGUCCUGUUGCACCUUUCACAGAAACAUGGGAGGGAACUCUAUAUAUCAAUGUAUGAUUUCCACGUCUCAAUAAAUUAUUAAUACUGAACCGAAA